AUGUCUGUCUCGAGUGACAGUCGAAACGAUUCGCCGCAAACCUACGAGCCAACUUCCCCAAGGGAAUUCGUCAGUGGCAAUAACCGAAGAUCAAUGGCUUCGUCGCCGCAACCCCCACAUGUCGGCGUUCAGGACAAUCCUUCUGAAUCAUUGGCCGUACCCUUGAGAAGCCCUCGGUCGGCCCGAUUUGCGGAAGCGACUGCAAUCAACUCCCCUACUGCUGCCGAGCACAGCAGGUCACCAUUUGCAGACCCUCCGAAUCACUCCCAGAACCGGCCCGAUGUCUCCGACGUGGGUUUCGGAUACGUGAAUGCACAAGAUCCCACACAGCAUGUACCUCAUCAUGCCGCACCGGCCUCGCCACUGAAGAGCGCAUUAAGAGUACCAGGGACGCCUGCUCGCACUCUGAACCCUCUUAGUCCGACUUUCCGGGAAGAAUUUAAUGUGGAGAAGCAGGAGAAGCAAGCAGAGAAAGCGAAUGCAAAAGACUUGGCUAUCAAAGUACGUGUUAGAGUGGCCAAGAUAUUCCUUCGUUUUGUCAGCUUCGGUUGCAGUAUCAUUGUCCUCGCAAUCCUGGCUACAACUCUGACCAUCUUUCACGCGACCAAGAACCUGCCUUCAAGGAGCGGCACCACACCCUGGGCUGUUGGUACAAACCCAUGGCCUCAGUAUCUGGUUCUAGCAACUGCAUGUUUAUCCUUGGUCGCCUGUCUGGGCGUUUUCUGGACAUGGAAAAAGCGCGGCUAUAAACGUGCGGAGAAGGUUGCAGUCUACUACUCCAUAUUCUCGGUGGGCUUCUUUGGGUUCACCCUCGUUCUAUGGGUUGUGGUGGCCGCAAUAUACCAGAACUCUAAGUCCAACGGAAACAACCAAGAUUUGUGGGGCUGGUCAUGCGUGACAGGCAAUCUCCGGUCAACAGCAUAUGCGAAUGAUAUUGACUACCCUCUCUUAUGCCGUCUCCAGGACUGGGGACUAGUAUGCGCCGUCAUUGAAAUCGUCGUCGAAGUCUUGGUCAUUCUCAUCUACGCCGUUGUCUUCUACCGAUUCUGGUCCAAGCGAAAGCUCGCAAAGUCCAUGGAUCGCCGAGAUAAGGCACGCUCAGACUUGUAUCUAGCUCAACUACGACUCCAAUCGGCGCCUAACACCCCGGGCUACCCCUUGAGUCCCAAGUCGCCAUGGGUCUCAACAACGAUGCAGGACCCCUACUCCUCAGCAGAGAAGGGCGAGGCAACACCCACCCAGUUUGCUACCCCUGUUUCGCCAACGAGAACCCAACCGACCUUUCAACUCCAGCCGCCGCCCGUCCGCGUGCAGCAUGCAACCCCAAAGACAGAACAGCAGGAGUUCUCCGCACCUGCUCCCACCCCAUCUCCUCCCCAGGAACACAUGGGUGCUGCGCCAGGAGAGCGAACAUACGAAGCUGUGCCGAUCCCCGUCGCCUAUGCCAGUCCAAUGACACCGAGCUUUCCUCCAAGAGCCGGCCAGUAG